AUGGAAGAGAGGAAACUCUUAAGAAAGAUUGAUUUCCACUUAAUGCCAAUGUUAAUCCUUUUGUAUCUGUUCAAGAAUCUUGACGUCAACAAUGUCAGUUAUUUGGUUACCCUUAACAAAGGAACGAAAUACAACAUUCUUGAGCAGCUCGGAAUGACAACCAAUGAGUGGGCUUGGGUCAGCACCAUCUAUUUCAUUCCGUUUGUCAUCUUUGAGAUCCCCUCGACGAUGCUUCUUAAGAAAACAACUCCAAGAAUUCAUCAAUUCCGGAUUGCUCUCUUGUGGGGUGCAACCACAGCUUGUCAAGCCGCUGUGAAGAACAAGGAAGGUCUUUAUGCUUUGAGAUUCUUCCUUGGUCUGUUCGAAGCCGGUCUCUAUCCCAGUCAGCUGACACAUCUGACGUACUGGUAUAGACCAGAUGAGAUCACAACAAGAAUGGCCUUUCUUGGUGUCUUGGGCUCGUUUUCAAGUGUUCUCACUGCAUUCAUUACGUAUGGUUUCAGUUUCGCUUCCGGUCAUGGUAAUCUUUCUGCAUGGCAGUAUGUUUUCCUGAUCGAAGGUCUUGCCACACUAUGUGUUGCAGUUUUAGGGCUGUUCUUCUUGCCAAAUUUCCCAGAUACAUCGAAGUGGCUUAGUGAUGAAGAGAAGGCAUAUAUCAUUGCAAGAUUGCCCCCUUCAUCGCCAAAAUCAACAGACAAAAACUUCAGUUGGAAACAUGUUAAAGCUUCUCUUAAACGUCCAACAUUGGUUUUGUUUGCUUUCCUGAGACUCUUCCAAAGUUUAGGGACUUACGGCCUGUCAUUCUGGCUGCCUUCCAUCAUCCUGGAGUUUGGUAUUACAAAAGCAAGUACAACACCACUCAUGACUGUUCCAUCUGCUGCAAUGUCUGUGAUUUCUGGAAUCUUGUUCUCCUACGGUGUAGACCGAGCAAAAAUAACGCCACCGUAUCUCGUUGCCUUCUCUCUGACAAUUACCUUUGCAGCCUUCCUGGUACUGACACUUGUCACUAAUAGUGCUGUUCUGUACGCCUUCAUCAUAUUAGCCACUGUUGGUGCUUCAGCAGAUGGUUCAGUGAUGAGUUCAUGGAUGAACCAAUCUUUGGACGGCUCUACCGAAGUUGGUUUCUCCUUAUCUUUCGCAAACAGUGUUGCACAGCUUGGUGGUAUCAUCGGUCCACAGAUGUUCAGAUCUAGGUACUCUCCACGCUAUACCGUCCCAUAUUCGAUCUGUCUUGCCUUUUUGGCCUCUGGAAUCAUAGUUCUGUCCUUCCUGUGGUACCUUACACGCAGUACCACCAAGAAAACUUUUGAAGAGCGUAGACAAAGGCUGCAAGAGCGUUCAAGGGACAAGAACGAGAAACCAAUAUACAACACGAGGAUUCCAGAAGUUGAAGUUAGCUUUGACAACAAAGUUUAG